GUGCCCGGGGAGGCCGAGGCUGCGCGGCGGGGGCCGCCGGCCCGGGGCGGCGAUGGCUGCGGAUCUGGUGGUGCUACUCUGCCUGGCCGCCGCCGCGGCCGCCGUGGAAGAGACCCUGAUGGACACACGGACGGCGACGGCCGAGCUGGGCUGGACUGCCAACCCUCCGUCAGGGUGGGAAGAAGUGAGUGGCUACGACGAAAACCUGAACACCAUCCGUACGUACCAGGUGUGCAACGUCUUCGAGCCAAACCAGAACAACUGGCUCCUCACCACCUUCAUCAACCGGCGCGGAGCUCACCGCAUCUACACCGAGAUGCGCUUCACUGUGAGGGACUGCAGCAGCCUCCCCAACGUUCCUGGCUCCUGCAAGGAGACCUUCAACCUCUAUUACUACGAGACAGACUCUGUCAUUGCCACCAAGAAGUCGGCCUUCUGGACGGAGGCACCCUACCUCAAAGUGGACACCAUUGCUGCUGACGAGAGCUUUUCCCAGGUGGACUUUGGUGGCAGGUUGAUGAAGGUGAACACAGAAGUGAGAAGUUUUGGGCCCCUGACCCGCAAUGGCUUUUACCUGGCUUUCCAGGACUACGGGGCUUGCAUGUCUCUGCUCUCCGUCAGGGUUUUCUUCAAGAAGUGCCCAAGCGUGGUGCAGAACUUUGCUAUCUUCCCUGAGACCAUGACGGGGGCAGAGAGCACCUCACUGGUGACAGCACGGGGCACCUGCAUCCCCAACGCUGAGGAGGUGGAUGUGCCCAUCAAGCUGUACUGCAACGGGGAUGGGGAGUGGAUGGUACCCAUAGGUCGCUGUACCUGCAAGGCUGGUUAUGAGCCAGAAAACAACGUGGCUUGCAAAGCCUGCCCAGCUGGGACAUUCAAAGCCAGUCAGGGUGCGGGGCUGUGUGCCCCAUGUCCCCCCAACAGCCGCUCCAGUGCUGAGGCCUCACCGCUCUGCGCCUGCCGCAAUGGCUACUUUCGGGCUGACCUGGACCCACCGACAGCUGCCUGCACCAGCGUCCCCUCCGGUCCACGCAACGUCAUCUCCAUCGUCAACGAGACCUCCAUCAUCCUGGAGUGGAACCCACCGCGGGAGACGGGAGGCCGGGAUGAUGUCACUUACAACAUCGUCUGCAAGAAGUGCCGGGCGGACCGGCGUGCCUGCUCCCGCUGCGACGACAACGUGGACUUUGUGCCCCGACAGCUUGGGCUGACAGAGACCCGUGUCUUCAUCAGCAGCCUCUGGGCACACACGCCCUACACCUUUGAGAUCCAGGCGGUCAAUGGGGUUUCCAACAAGAGCCCCUUCCCACCUCAGCACGUCUCCGUGAACAUCACCACCAACCAAGCUGCACCCUCCACUGUCCCCAUCAUGCACCAGGUGAGUGCCACCAUGAGGAGCAUCACGCUGUCCUGGCCACAGCCGGAGCAGCCCAACGGCAUCAUCCUGGACUACGAACUGCGCUACUAUGAGAAGCUGAGCCGCAUCUGCACGCCUGAUGUCAGCGGCGCUGUGGGCUCCAGACCUGCAGCAGACCACAACGAGUACAACUCCUCCAUGGCCCGCAGUCAGACCAACACGGCCCGGCUGGAGGGGCUGCGCCCCGGCAUGGUGUAUGUGGUGCAAGUGCGAGCAAGGACGGUGGCUGGCUAUGGGAAGUACAGUGGGAAGAUGUGCUUCCAGACACUGACUGAUGAUGACUACAAGUCUGAGCUGAGGGAGCAGCUGCCAUUGAUUGCAGGAUCUGCAGCGGCCGGCGUGGUCUUCAUCGUCUCGCUGGUGGCUAUCUCCAUAGUCUGCAGCAGGAAGCGAGCGUACAGCAAGGAGGCGGUGUACAGCGAUAAGCUGCAGCACUACAGCACUGGCAGAGGGUCUCCAGGGAUGAAGAUUUACAUUGACCCUUUCACUUACGAGGACCCCAACGAGGCAGUGCGUGAGUUCGCCAAGGAGAUUGAUGUCUCCUUUGUGAAGAUUGAAGAGGUCAUUGGAGCAGGGGAGUUUGGAGAGGUGUACAAAGGCCGCCUGAAGUUGCCUGGCAAGCGGGAGAUCUACGUGGCCAUCAAAACACUGAAGGCUGGCUAUUCAGAGAAGCAGCGUCGGGAUUUCCUGAGCGAAGCCAGCAUCAUGGGGCAGUUUGACCACCCCAAUAUCAUCCGGCUGGAAGGGGUGGUGACCAAGAGCCGACCAGUCAUGAUUAUCACAGAGUUCAUGGAGAAUGGGGCCCUGGACUCGUUCCUGCGGCAAAAUGAUGGGCAGUUCACGGUGAUCCAGCUGGUGGGGAUGCUCAGAGGGAUUGCUGCUGGGAUGAAGUACCUGGCAGAGAUGAACUAUGUCCACAGGGAUCUGGCGGCCAGGAACAUUCUUGUCAACAGCAACCUGGUGUGCAAAGUGUCAGACUUUGGCCUCUCACGCUACCUGCAGGAUGACACAUCUGAUCCCACCUACACCAGUUCCUUGGGUGGGAAGAUCCCUGUGCGAUGGACAGCACCGGAGGCGAUUGCGUACCGCAAGUUCACGUCAGCCAGUGAUGUCUGGAGCUAUGGCAUCGUCAUGUGGGAGGUGAUGUCGUUCGGGGAGAGGCCCUACUGGGACAUGUCCAACCAGGACGUCAUCAAUGCCAUCGAGCAGGACUACCGGCUCCCGCCGCCCAUGGACUGCCCGGCUGCUCUGCACCAGCUGAUGCUGGACUGCUGGCAGAAGGACCGCAACACCCGGCCUCGCUUCGCCGAGAUUGUCAACACCCUCGACAAGAUGAUCCGCAACCCGGCAAGCCUCAAAACUGUGGCUACCAUCACCGCUGUGCCUUCUCAGCCCCUCCUCGACCGCUCUAUCCCUGAUUUCACUGCCUUUACCUCAGUAGAAGACUGGCUGAGCGCCGUCAAGAUGAGCCAGUACAGAGACAACUUCCUGAGCGCUGGAUUCACCUCCCUCCAGCUGGUCGCCCAGAUGACAUCUGAAGACCUCCUGAGAAUAGGAAUAACGCUGGCUGGGCACCAGAAGAAGAUCCUGAACAGCAUCCAGUCCAUGCGCGUGCAGAUGAGUCAGUCUCCGACCUCGAUGGCGUGACGUCCCUCGCUCGACGGGGAGGGAACGGGGAGGGCAGGCAGCGGAGGUGGGAGGGGAGGAACUGAUGGGAGCCGUGGGGCCGCAGCUGGAGAGGGGCAGCCACGGCCGGACCGCGGAGGACGUUCCUGGGACUCGCCUCGGCCUGGUGACUUCCAUCCCUCACCAACAGAAGCACACUUACCGAUGUCACGGGGGACAGCGUAUAAAUAAGUAUAAAUAUGUACAAAUCAUAUAUUUAAAAAAAAAGAAAAAAAAAAAAAAAAGAACAAA